AUGGCGACCCAGCCGGGCGAGGAGAAUGUUGCUACUCUCUUCGGAGACGUUCACUAUUUCUACGGCCCGCCGACCAGCAACCCGCCACACCACCGCUUCGACAAGGGCUCCUACAUCUACCUGUUCGAGAACGCAAACGACCGCCGCGCGCGCAUUGAGAUUGCAAACCAACCCGGUACCGAGGACCAAGAUGCCUUUGACGGAUUCUUGGACAAGACGCAUGUCCGGUACUCGUACAACCACCAGUGCAUGGUGACUCUCACAGUCGGCGAGACGACGAGCCAGAUGGAAUGGCACCUCCCGACUUACGACCCCCAGAACCAGAACAAGUACCACUACAAACUCCAUUCACUCGACAUCUACUUCUGGAAGGCCGAGGACGCGCUGCAGUUCGUCAACGGGAUCCGCUUCGUCCUCCCGCCGUCGCAGGUCGAGAUCCUCGACGAGCCUCAACACCAGCAACAGCAUCAUCAUCUCCAGGCCCGCCAGCCCGCCCCCAUGAGCUCUGUCGUGCAGCAGCUCGAGCACAUCGCCAUAUCAGACCCCACCUACGGGACGCCCGGCGCCGCCUCCCAUACCGCGCCGCCGAGCUUUCCGGGACCUCCUCCGACGUCGGCUGUGCCGGCUCCCGAGCAGCAACAGCAGCAGCCCGCAAGCUUUGUGCCAAUGGCAUACAACCCAGCCGCCCCUGCCGCUCCAGAGGCCAUCCGCCACAGGGAAAAGACACCGCCCCCGGACGACGGCGUCAUCGACCCCCUGGCCGCGGCCGUCGCUUACGACGCACAGGCCCCGUUCUCGCCGGGCUUCGUUCCACCUCCCGCCUUCCAGAGCGCGCAGGGCGUCGGCAUCGCCGGCGCGGGCCUGCCUCCCCCGCCUCCACCACCGCAGCAGCAGCAUUUUGGCGCAUCACCCACCCACCCGGUGCUCCAGCGCGCGGCGACGAUGCCCGCGCACGCCGUACACAACGGCCUCGCUUCCCCAGGGCUGACGAGCCCCUACGGAAGUCCGUUCCCUGCGUCCCCGGGCUUCCAACCGCCGCCGCCGCCGCCGCCUGCCCAACAACAACAGCAGCAGCAGCAGCAGCAGCAGCGGACCACCCCACCUGUACAGCAAACGUUCCAACACGCACCUCCGCCGCCCUCGUCGUCACAAGCCACGCCUUCCAUCGUGAGCCCCGGCCCGACUGCGGCACCUGCUGCUCCUGCAACGGCUGCGGUGCCAUCCGUCGCCUCGCCGGUCGGCUUCUCGCAGUACUCGUACGCCGGCAGCAGCGGCACGGCCACGCCUCAGCAUCAGCCGCGCGCGUUCGACUACUCGAUCCACGCGCAGGCGUAUCAGCCGACGGAGGCGGAGACCAGCAAGUACAAGGGCUACAUGGGUAAGCAGGAACCGUCAGGUAAAGUGGAGCAGAACAUGGGCCGGCUGGAAAAGGGCGUCACGGGGAUGUUGAGGAAGUUUGAGAAGAAGUUUGGUUGA